AUGCGCGGCGGUUUCGGGGGGCUCGCGCCCCGGCCCGCGGGAGCGGGGAUCGCGAGCGGCAGCCCCUCGCCGCCCCGCUCGCACCCGGUGGCCCUGAGCAUCUCACACGAGGUGGCCAGUCUCUGCCACUGGCUCGCGGCGGGGGCCGCGGCCUAUAUAAAGGCAGGGUUGGAGGCUCCGAAGGUUAAAAAAAAAAACAAAACCAAACCAACACAACCAAAACCAGACGCGACCGCCACCAAACCCCACAGCAGCCUGUCCGCCCGCGCCCCGCGCCGGACGCCGCGCUCCCCGCUGCCACCGCGCCCGCCGGGGGGAGCGCCCGCCGCCGGCUCAUGGCCGCUGCUGAGCGCCCCUCGGGGCCAGCGGCGGACCAUCGAACCUGGUGGGGGGCUAUCCAGCACGCACGCAACACCACAUCACCACCAAAUGCUGCACGACCCUUUCCUUUCGGGCGGCGCGUGUCACCAGGAACGCAAAUACUUCCCCGGCUGGGUUCAACCGGCGAGGGGACGCGAAGCUCAUGCCGGGCAGAGCCGUAGCUACGGCCCCGCCGAGUAGGGCCGGUCCGGCCCGGGGCGGCUGGAGGCUCUCAGCGGCCGCCUGGGACGGCGAAAAGGAGUCGGGGGACCCAAGAAGGAGCGGAGGAGGACGGAGAGCAUCAACAGCGCCUUCGCAGAGCUCCGUGAGUGCAUCCCCAACGUGCCCGCCGACACCAAGCUCUCCAAGAUCAAGACUCUACGCCUGGCCACCAGCUACAUCGCCUACCUGAUGGAGGUGCUGGCCAAGGACAGCCAGCCCGGGGACACCGAGGGCUUCAAAGCCGAGCUCAAGAAGGCCGACAGCAGGGAGAACAAGAGGAAAAGGGAGACGCAACCCGAGGUCUACUCGCAGCCUCUGGGUCACGGCGAGAAGAAGCUGAAGGGCCGAACGGGUUGGCCCCAGCAGGUCUGGGCUCUGGAACUGAACCCCUGA